AUUUUUUUAAAUGAAAAACAAAAAAUUAAUUUAUUUGAUAAAUUUUAUGAAAUAUUUAUUGAAGCAUUUUAUUUAAAUUAUCUUUCUUCAUUAACAACAAUUCAAAUUUAUUUUAAUUUAACUUCACAAUUUAAUAAUAAUGAACAAGAAAAUUUUAUUCAAAUUUUAAUACCAAAAUUAUUUAAAAAAAUUGAUAAUAAAAUAUUUAUUAAAGAAAAUAUAUCUGUACCAAUAACAAUUCUUCAAUUAUUUAUUUCAUCAUCAUCAUCAUCAUCAUUAUUAUCAUUAUAUUCAUUAGAUAUGACAACAUCUAUUAAUAAAAAUUUUUUUUAUUUAAAAAAAUUAGAUCAACAAUUAUUUGAAUUAAUUCUUUUAAAAACAUUUGAUUAUGAAUUUAUUCAAAAUAUUUAUUUAGAUUUUAUUUUAAAUAAACAAAAUUUAACAAAAAAAUCUAUUGAAAUUAUUAUUGAAAAUAUUAAUGAUUGUCAACCUUUUUUUAAUCAAACAAAUUAUUUUUUUCAUAUUCAAGAAAAUAAUCAAAUACCUUUUCUUAUUUAUACUUUUCAAGCUUUUGAUCAAGAUUGUUUAAAUCAAAUUAUUUAUCAAAUUCAAACUUCAGGUUUGAUUUUAUUUUAUUUUUUUCUUUUUGCUUGA